CAUAGCAAAACAACUUCCUACGUAAAAUGAUAAAAUCAACGUCAUUUUGAUCAAAUUACAGUAUAAUACGAUACACCGUAGAAGAAGCAUUAUCAAGCAAAUGGUUCCAUAGAAAAUAUUUUGCAAGUAGUAAAUAUCAAAAGAGUAUUGAGAAAACUAAGAGUUUUCAGUCUACCUGCAUCAUGAUAUCGAAUACUUUACAACAUAAGAGACGUAGAGUGAAGAAGAUUACAGUGGAUCAUGUAGAAGCUCCGAAAAGAACGAGGAGCAAUUUAUUUAAUGACGCUAAUGCAAUCCAAUUAUACAAUACACAUAAUAUAGUAAUAAAAAGUAGAAAAGAAAUUAUUCAUCAGCUUUUUCACGAAUAUCUAAAAGAAAGCUCGAUUCACGGCAUAAAGUACUUCAGUAAUUCAACAUUGAAAUCCAGCAUUAUUGGAAAGCUCUUCUGGAUUAUAAUUAUGAUUGGCACUUUUGUGUUUUUGAGCAUAAUGCUCGAAAAGUUCUGGCUACGUUACACUACUAAUCCAACCCGCAGCGUCAUUAAGUCAUUUCACUCUCCAAUAUUUCAAGCCCCUUUUCCAGCUCUUACACUCUUUGUCCCUUAAUACCACCGUUG